UCGAUUAGUCGAAUACCAAGAGCUCUGAUUUAUAUAUAUAAACAUAAAUUUUUGAAAAAGUUGACUUUUCGCUUACGAAAUUCUCAUCUUCGCGUCAACAUAAGACGAUUUAAAAUAAUUAUAAUUUUCAAGGCCUCCUUCGUUAAGAGAACUAAGCUAUAUAUUUACCCAAAAUAAUAUUGUCACAUUAAGUUUAAUUUAAUUACUCUACAAAUCAAAUUUUAUACCAUCUUUAGUUUAAUUUUUGAUUAAUUAUUAGAAACGUGCAUAUAUUGAGGUCGCUAAACAACACUGCGCUUUGAAAUGUCAUCGCUAUUUGUCACAAAACAUUAAUACAUUCUAAAAAAUUGUUAUUUAUUUUUUUUGCUGCAGACAUUAUUUUGUUGAUCAUCAGUGAAAAAUGUCUAAAACCGAUGAACAAAAAACGGUUGAGAUUAUAAAAUCAACCGAAGAGGUGGCCGAUAAGAUAUUGAUGAACAAGCAAGAGUUGGUAGAGCUGGAUAAACGCAGACAACAAACACGCGAAGCGAUACGUGAGCUCGAAAAGCAUGCAGCCAAGAAUGAGAAGAAAGUUUGGAUAACGGUGGGCAGCAUGCUUGUCAAAAUGGAACGUGAAAAGGCUUUGAAGCUUUUGAAAAACGAUCAAAUGCAAAUUGAACGUGAAAUUAAUAUCAUCACCUCGGACCAAAAGAUUUUGGUGAACAAGCAUCGUGAUUUGGAGCACUUUUCGCCCUAUUUAGGAACACAGCUUAAAGCGCUUGAUCGAAAAGAGUUUGCAGCGCUUAAGGCAAAUCUGCCGCUUUUGUAGCCAAAUAGUCAAGUUAACAGUGAUUUAAAUACUUUAAGUAUAUUUAGCGUAACAAAAUGAUUUUUCUUACACAAUUUUGUGUCAUAGUUACAGUUAUUAAUUUUGUACUUAUAUUUAAAGGGGAAGUUUUAGUUUGUGUUAAUAAAAUGCAGUUCUAUAUAAAUACUAAAAAAUGUUUAGUAAUGAGAUGAAAACUGAAAAUAUGCAGCAUGCAAUCAAUUAGAACUUUCGCGCAGCUUUGUCACUGUUAGAUAUUGCUAAGACUCAACUAAUAGACGCCUUACUAGAUUUCGCUGGUUCACUAUAAUCCUGUAAACAUUAAAAUAACUGUAAUUACAGAUUAUAUUUAAUAUUUUUUCAUUUCACAAACCAAUUUUGUGUUGUAGAGUUCCCGCUUAUGGUUUGUAUAUUUUGCGAUUAAAGCUAGCGCCUCGCUUGGCUCAACAUCCAUUGUUUCACCCGAAGUCAAAUGCAGUUCAACUUUUGGUAUAGCGUUCGCUGCCUUGCUUCCAAUUACGACAAUGAUGGGAUAACCCAUUCUAUAUCAUAAAGUAACACUUAUUAAUUAUUUUACACAUAUGACAAAUACAACGACCCCACCUUUUCGCUUCCAAUAGCCUUUUGCCUAUUGUAAAAUUACUACGAUCAUCAAUUAACACAUCUUCUUCAUUACAAAUGGUACUAAGCGAGCUACAAAACUCAUUUUCCACACCAUUGGCUAAUUUCUCCUCUUUACUACCUUGUUUCGCGCCUAUUAUGCAAACAUCAAAUGGUGCCAGAAGUGUUGGCCAACGCAAUUCAUUCUCCGUUGCAAGCACCUCUACUGCUGCUGCCACCAAUCGGCUGACGCCAAUACCAUAACAGCCCAUUACAAGAUUUUCGGGUUUGCCAUUCUCUUGCAGAAAUGUUGCCUUUAGCGGUUUGGAGUAUUUAUCAUUUAAUACAAAAGUGUGUCCCACUUCAAUGCCAGUUACGCUGCGCAGAUGAGUUGAAUUGCAACGUUGGCAAUGUUUGUCACUAUUUGUCUCAUUUAUAGUUUCCAUAUUGGCAGCAUAGCCACAAGAGUCACAAGCAAUAAGUUGAUCUUCACCAGUGGCGGCUAGAUAAUGAUACUCGUGUGACACGCUGCCACCCAUAAUGCCGGUAGCGGCUUCCACUGGAAAUUAAUAUAUAUUGAAUUAUACUUUUACAAUAUUUUAAGUAAUUUUUUGUGCACCUUUAACAAAUGGCACUUGUAGCUGCUGGAAAAGCGUAUCAUAUGCGGAAUUUAUUUGGUUAUAAGUAUGCAAAGCAGUUGUUGCAUCACGGUCAAAUGUAUAGAGAUCCUUCAUAACAAAUUCUUUUGCUCUAAUUAGACCGAAGCGUGGUUUUAACUCGUCGCGAAAUUUGUGUCCGAUUUGAAAGAGUCUAAUGGGCAAUUGCUUGUAAGAAAUCGGCGCAAUACUUGCCAACAAUGCAGUUACCGCUUCCUCGUGCGUCUAACAAGCAUAAAAAACAUUUCUUAAUAAAUAAAUUAAUUUAAAAUUAAA